CGGCCCGGCCCGGCCCGGCCCGGCCCGGCCCGGCCCGCCAUGGCGCCGCGGCCGGCGCUGCCCGUCCUGGCGCACUCGGUGCUAGCGGCGCUGCUGCUGCUCUCGGCGGCCCAGGAGCCCGUGCCGCGGGUGAGCCUGCCCUACGACUCCGCCGAGCGAGCGGUGCAGCGGCUGGAGGUGCCCGGCGUGUCCAACUACACGGCCCUGCUGCUGAGCCCGGACGGAGGCACGCUCUACCUGGGGGCGCGCGAGGAGCUCCUGGCCGUCAACACCAGCCGCUUCCAGGCGGCCCGCAGGCUGCCCUGGAGCGCGGACGGGGAGAAGAAGAAGCAGUGCGCCUUCAAGGGCAAGGACCCCCAGCGGGACUGCCACAACUACAUCAAGAUGCUGCUGCAGCUGAACAGCACCCACCUGUACACCUGCGGGACCUGUGCCUUCAGCCCGGCCUGCGCCUACGUGAACGUGCAGCGCUUCAGCCUGGAGCGGGAGGCGUCGGGGAAGCCGCUGCUGGAGGACGGCAAGGGCCGCUGCCCCUUCGACCCCGAGUACAAGUCCACGGCCGUCAUGGUCGACGGCGAGCUCUACGCCGGGACUGUCAGCAACUUCCAGGGCAAUGAGCCGACCAUCUACCGGAGCCAGGAGAGCCGCAUCUCCCUCAAGACGGAGAACUCCCUCAACUGGCUGCAGGACCCCGUCUUCGUGGGCUCAGCCUACCUGCGGGAGAGCCUGCCGCCCGGCAACCCCGAAGGCGACGACGACAAGGUCUACUUCUUCUUCAGCGAGACCGGCAAGGAGUUUGACUACUUUGAGAACACGAUAGUGUCGCGCAUCGCCCGGGUGUGCAAGGGGGACCUGGGGGGCGAGCGCGUCCUGCAGCGGCGGUGGACGACCUUCCUGAAGGCGCAGCUGCUCUGCUCGCACCCCGACGACGGCUUCCCCUUCAACGUGCUGCAGCACGUCUCGGUGCUCACGCCGGGGGAGCCGCGCUGGAGGGAGACGCUCUUCUACGGGGUCUUCACCUCGCAGUGGAGCAAGGGCGGGCCGGGCAGCUCGGCCGUGUGCGCCUUCCCCAUGCGCAGCGUGCAGAGAGCCUUCGCCGGGCUCUACAAGGAGGUGAACCGCGAGACGCAGCAGUGGUACACGGACACCAGCCCCGUGCCGGAGCCCCGGCCGGGCACGUGCAUCACCAGCCACACGCGGCACAUGAAGAUCAACUCAUCGCUGCAGAUGCCGGACCGAGUGCUGAACUUCAUCAAGGACCACUUCCUGAUGGACAGCGCGGUGCGGAGCCAGCCGCUGCUGCUGCAGAGCCACGUGCGCUACACGCAGAUCGGCGUGCACCGCGCGCAGGGCCUGCACGGCACCUACGACGUCCUCUUCCUGGGCACGGACGACGGGCGGCUGCACAAGGCCGUGCGCGUGAGCCACAAGGUGCACAUCAUCGAGGAGAUCCGCCUCUUCCGCGCCGGGCAGCCCGUGCUCCAGCUGCUGCUGGACCAGGCCCAGGGUCUGGUCUACGCGGCCUCCUACGACGCGGUGGCCCAGGUGCCCUUCGCCAACUGCAGCCUGUACCGCAGCUGCGGCGAGUGCGUGCUGGCGCGGGACCCCUUGUGCGCCUGGAGCCGGGGCGCCUGCCGCCGCACCGCCCCGGGCGCCCACCCGCACCCCCCGCUCUGGGCGCAGGACGUGGAGGAGGCGGACACGGAGCGGCUCUGCCGGCUGGCCAACACGUCCCAGCCCCGUCCCCGCAUCCUCCAGCCGCCGGCCACGGGGGGCCCGUGCCAAGCGGUGCGGCUGCCCCCCAAUGCGGUGCGGCCGCUGCCCUGCCAGCUGCUCUCCAACCUGGCGACGCGGCGCUGGUCGCACAACGGGGCGCCCAUCAACGCCUCCUACCUGGUGCUGCCCGACGGGGCCCUCAUCCUGGUGGGCAGCCCCGAGCGCGCCGGCACCUACGAGUGCUGGUCGCUGGAGGAGGGCUUCCGCCAGCUCAUGGCCAGCUACUGCGUGGGCGUGCAGGAGCCGGCCCCGGGGCCGCCAGCCGCCCGCGACGCGCUGGAGACGGUGAGCACCUCGCGGAGCACCUCGGCGGCCAGCGGCGCCGCGGCCCGGCUCCACGCCAAGACCUACUGGACCGAGUUCGUGGUGAUGUGCGCGCUCUUCGCCGCCGCCGUGGUCGUGCUGGCCCUCUUCCUGCUGCGCCGGCACGGCGCCGGCGUGAAGGCGCUGCUGGAGCCCGGCGACGCCGGCCGGCUCCCCAAGCCGCCCCGCAAGCCGGCGGAGAGCCUGCCGCUCAACGGCAGCGGGCUGCCCAGCGCGGCGCCCGAGCACAAGGGCUACCAGGCGCUGCGCGACAACUACGUGGCCGGCACCCCCGUGCACGAGCCCCCCGGCCCCCCGCGCGCCUUCUCCGAGUCGGAGAAGAGGCCCCUCCACGUCCGGGACAGCUUUGUGGAGGUGUCCCCGGCCUGCCAGCGGCCCCGGGUGCGCCUGGGCUCCGAGAUCCAGGACUCGGUGGUGUGACGGGGGUGAGACGCAGCCCUCGGACGCGACGGCUCUGCUCUGCCGAGCCUGCCGGAGCUGUGGACCGGCGCUGGCGGUGUGCGUGCGUGCGUGCGUGCACCUGUGCGUGCGUGCGCCGUGCUGGCGGCACGCGCGGGCAGCACCCCGGGUGCAAGCGCGGCGCGGCGUGGGGGCUCCGGCAGGCGCCGCGCCACGGCCCGGCCCCGUCUAUGCAGCGGGCAGGAGGGGGCGGCCUCGGCCCCCCGCGCCCCACUCACUGUGACGCCCCGCGGCGGCGCCCCGGCGGCGCCCGCGCCCGGCCGCCCGGGGCCCCGUGCUGUGCGUGUCUGUGCUUGGUUCAUUUUUCAUACGUUGACAAUGUGAAUCGUGUCCGGGGGACGGUGCCCGCGCGGACCGUGCGCCCCAGGUGUGUGCGUGCGGAAACGUCUGUGGUUUUUGUAUAAAGUCCCUGUGUCUCCUU